UUUAUGCAUUGGUUGUUGAUCGGAUUUUUAAAUGUCGGCGUUGUACCCAAAAUUGAAGGUGAGACAACACACCCCCAUAACGGAGAGGCGGAGUGGUACGGUCCAGACGCAGCCUUGUCCCUAUGGAGUUGUUGCUGAGGAGCUUUCAGAGUUUCGGAGAACGAGAGAAGCUAGAGCACGGGCGGUGAUAUGGCGCUGACAAUGACUGCCCAUUAUCUCAGGAAUAACCCGAUCCACCCGGGACUGAAUGUUAGAGUCCUGCUCAUGCUGUCAUUUAUGUCAGGGCUGGUGUAUGGCAGUCAGGUGGUUGUCCCGCCAAAGGUGAACGCCGUGUUGGGAAAGAACGUCACCCUCAGCUGCAGGGUGCAGGUGGACUCAAACCUCAGCCUGACGCAGAGCUCAUGGGAGAGGAAGCUGCCCACUGGAUGGGUGACUCUGGCAGUGUAUAACCCAAUGUUUGGCAUCUCCAUCCCGCCCGAAUAUGAGCGACGGCUGUCCUUUCGCUCGCCCUCCAUGCACGACGCCACCAUCGUGCUAGAAGACGUGGGUUUCGCUGACAUCGGCAUAUACACCUGCAAGGUUGCCACCUUUCCGCUUGGUAACACUCAGGCCUCCAUCACUGUCAGCGUGAUAGUGGAGCCGAAGGUGUAUGUCUCUGCUGGAUCUUCUGCUCUGAUCGACGGUGGCAAUGAAACCACAGUGGCCACCUGUAUUGCUGAGAGGGCUCGGCCCCCUGCCGACGUGUCCUGGGAGACGAAUCUGUACGGCACGUCUGAGGCCCACAUGCAGGACGAUGUCAACGGCACCACUACGACCCAGGUGCACUACACCUGGCAACCCUCCCGUCACGCCCAGGGCCACACGCUAACAUGUGUGGUCAAACACCCCGCUCUACAGAGGGACUUCAGGAUACCCUAUAUCAUCAACGUACAGUUUGCUCCAGACAUCCUGGUGCUGGGCUAUGACGGCGACUGGUAUGUGGGCAGGGAGAAUGUGCAACUGAAGUGUCGAGCCAAGGCCAACCCGCCUGCCCAGCACUUCAGAUGGAUCAGGUUGGAUGGAGAGAUGCCAGAUGGAGCAGAGGUGGUGAAUAACUCUUUGGUGUUUAUGAGACCCUUGCAGAAGAACGACUCUGGGGUUUACAGGUGUGAGGUGGCAAACGAUAUCGGACUGCACAGCCGAGACAUUAGAAUACGUGUUCAGGAUCCUCCCUCAACCACCCCCAUGCCCCCCACCACCCCUGUGCACCUCCUAACCGCCUACAUCUCUGCCACCGCGCCUGGCAAUAAGCAGAGAGCCCUCAUCACGUCUCCAACCCUGGCGCCUCUGCCGGAGGGGAGCCUAGGCACGAUUGUGGGUGGGGCAGUAGGCGGAGCACUCUUCCUGCUGUUGCUCCUUAUUCUGGGUGGAGUUUAUUACCAGCGUCAACGGCGGACGUUCCGCGGCGACUACUACACAAAGCAGUAUCACGGCCCCUCGGAUAUGCAAAAGGCUCCCCAGCCCCAUGAGCUGCAGCAAGUCUACAGCAAAGGAAGCCCUGACACCAAGCUCAAAUCCAACCAGGAUAACGGCACCAUCUACCCGGAUAAGGAUCGAGAAGAGUGGGGUGAUUUCGACCGCGAGCGAUCGCCCAACGGUCGCAGCAGAGCUCUGAGGGAAGCAGCCGGUCAAAUGAAUCACCAUAAUCAUCACAACCUUGAGCACGGCUAUCACAGCGACCAUCACCCAGUCCAGCCGCAAAGCUUCAGUCCAGCCCAUCAUAUCCAGAGGAGCUCGCUGCAGCCGGAGCCCCGCAGGUUUGCCGCUCCGCAAGUCAUGAGCAACGGCUCCCCCUACCUGCCGGAGGACUGCUACGACAACGACUACGUGUCGCACACGGAUGGCUCAAUGAUCUCCCGGAGGGAGUGGUAUGUCUGAGAAGAACGAGCAGGAAGAGACUGCGUAAACACUUACGAAAUGCUUCAGACUGCAAAAUGAGGACGAUCAGAAUUAUGUAAAGAAAAUUAGUAGGAAAUGCACCUUUUCUAGUAGUUUACACCUACUUUUUUUUGUUUUUGUACAUUAGCCUAAUCAUUAGUUAGCUGGCUUAAUAGAUGUUUUGGGACCAAGUGAGGGUAUAAUUCUCGUCUUCGUUUCUUAGAUUGGUGAGGCAACAAGACGUCUGCUUUAUGUUUCACCGAUAAACCAGUUCAGGUGUGAUAUAAGUUGCCAAAUCAAUAGCCAGUCUCCUUUCCCUUGCACAGUGAGGUGAACUGUGUGAUUUAUUUAAAAGAAAACCGUUAGAACAAAUGCAAUUUGUAUUGAGAUAACCUGUCGUUAAGUGUCGUUAAGUGUUUCAGAUCAGCCCAACCGUGAGCGAUGAGUUUCGAUGAGUCAUGUCAACUUUCAAUGCUGUCACUCUGAUGGAGGCAGAAAUUAGCUCCUGUCAACAGCCUGGCGGUUUCCAUGGCAACAUUUAUUUCUUCUCUACUGGCAUACAGAGUUGCUGUAGGGAGGAGCUAGACAGGGAGGACCGUGCUGGAUUUGAUAAAGCCCAAUGGGCGAAAGCCAGACAGGAUGAUUGCCGAAAUGGGGUGGCUGUAAUUGUAUCAAUUCAUCUUCCAUUUGCAUAACCCUGCAUCACUGUAUUAGCUCUGGAUUUCUUUUGUUUGUGCCAUCAAAAAUGGAGUCUGUCUGCAGGAGACGGUUGGACAAUGUACAUUAAAAACUACUGCCAUUGUUCAACAUGAAAGCUUGUCCCAUAUUAAUGUAGCU